AUGGCGUCCGGACCGCACCGCAAAUACGGCAUCGCGCGUCAGCGGGAGGCGCAUGCGCAGCGGCAACGAGCUAUGAGCCGUCUCCACCACCGCUGCGGGUCUGACAGAUCCCGAGUUGCCCGCAGGAUUUCUGCGCCGCCGACUUAUCGGGAGCACCGGAGCACCGCAUCCUUGAGAAGCGCCGCCCACACCUCCGCCGCCCGAGCAAAGAACGCUCCCCAGAGCACUACGACGAGCUUUCCAAGGUACGAAGACUCAUCCUCUACAUGGGCGCUGACACAGAGCCCCGGUGGGGGUAUAGAGCCCGCCCGCAAGAUUUUCGCGGAGUUGACUUCUCCCGUGCACCUAGCAGUUCCUGAAUCAGGCGGCUUGAAUGGUCUGGCUGCUGCUUGUGCUGACACGGCGGAACAACAACAGGCCCUCACUUGGAGUACCGCCGCGGCGGACAGCCCAUUUCGACGAUCGCGCCCAAGCCAGCUGCAGCACCCAACUCCGAGAACCAGUACAGUAGUUCCGAAACCGGGACAGUCUUUGCUCCACCUCGGUCCAAGCACGGUUCACCGAGUCCACAUUGAGCUUCGAGUCUCCUGUGGGGGCGCCAUGGCUAGUCGAACCCCAACUCCGAUCUUACAAGUAAUAGAGCAGAUACCAGGAAACGUUCUUCUACCAUACCAUCGUCCAGAUCCAUACGCCGCAUGUCCAAGUCUCCGUCUUCGCGGCUUUGCUCGAGAACCCCAGCUUGAGCCCAUCGAGUCCCGUACUCUCACGCGGAGACGCUGCGCGCCGGCGGCCAACGGCGUCAAGACUAAGAUGCUGCACAAUGAGCACAAUCAGUACUCGAGUUUGAUUCUGAGCGCAAUCAUGCAUUGUGGGCAUGGUCAAGUGGCGGACAAAGUCUGCGCAAUGAAGCGUACCCGCGACGAUUGCAAGUCCAGACCCAAACAGGAAGCAGGGCACUCCGGCGGCACCUGUUCGGGCUGGUGA